CACAUAAAAUCUACUCAUCUUUAACCCUUUAAAAAAUGAAGAACAUGAAAAGGUAUAUUCCAAAGAAUUCGCCCCUAAAAGAACUAUUGUGUUGUUUGUUUGUAACAAUAAUACAAAUUUUGUAUUCAUUCCAACCUUGUUUGAUUCUCUCUCUCUUUCUCUAAUCGAAUUGAUUCUAUCCAAAUUUUAAAACUUGUUCCUUCCUUUAACAUCACUGUAUGAAUAUGAAUAUGAAUAUAAACACUUCUGCUGCAUCAUGUUCUUCAUACCCUUCUUCGAUCAUCCCUCUUAAAUUUCAACGUUUUUCACCAUUCCGAGCAAAACCCAUUACUCUUUCUUGUACAAAAGCACGGUUAUGUUUUUCUCAAAGGUCAAAAGCUUUGAAGGGUAGAAAAAGUUUUGUGCUUGAAGCUAAAAACAUGGCUAUAACAGAGGUUGAUUCUCAUAUAGAAGAAGAUAAGGAAGAGGGUACUUCUUCAUCUUCUUCUUUGGUUGAUUCUGAAAAUCACAGGAAUUCAAGGCCACGUCGAAUUGUUCUCUUUGUUGAACCUUCUCCAUUUGCAUAUGUCUCCGGAUACAAAAACCGGUUUCAGAAUUUUAUCAAAUGCCUUCGUGAAAUGGGAGAUGAGGUGAUGGUUGUGACAACCCAUAAAGGAGUGCCCCAAGAAUUUUAUGGAGCCAAAUUAAUAGGAUCUUGGAGCUUUCCUUGCCCUUUGUAUCAGAACGUACCUCUCUCAUUAGCACUUAGUCCAAGAAUAAUUUCGGAGGUUGCUCGGUUCAAGCCCGACAUAAUACAUGCAUCAUCACCAGGCAUAAUGGUUUUUGGUGCUCUUAUCAUUGCAAAACUUUUGUGUGUUCCAAUUGUCAUGUCUUAUCAUACCCAUGUUCCAGUGUACAUUCCAAGAUAUACUUUUAGUUGGCUGGUCAAACCAAUGUGGUUGGUCAUAAAAUUUCUUCACAGAGCGGCUGACCUGACUCUAGUGCCAUCUGUUGCUAUUGGGAGGGAUCUUCAAGCAGCUCGAGUAACAGCAGCUAACAAGAUUCGUCUCUGGAACAAGGGUGUUGAUUCUGAAAGUUUUCAUCCUCGAUAUCGUUCGCAUGAAAUGCGAUUAAGAUUAAGCAACGGUGAACCUGAGAAACCCUUGAUAGUUCAUGUCGGAAGGCUAGGAGUUGAAAAGAGUUUAGAUUUUCUCAAAAGGCUCAUGGAUAAGCUUCCUGAAGCUCGAAUUGCUUUCAUCGGAGAUGGACCAUACAGGGUUGAGCUGGAGAAAAUGUUUGAAAGCAUGCCCGCAGUCUUCACCGGAAUGUUAGGAGGGGAAGAUCUCUCUCAAGCAUAUGCUAGCGGAGACGUAUUUGUCAUGCCCUCGGAGUCAGAGACACUCGGACUAGUUGUUUUGGAGGCCAUGUCUUCGGGUAUCCCUGUGGUGGGAGCACGCGCCGGAGGCAUUCCAGAUAUAAUCCCUGCGGAUCAAGAAGGUAUAACCGGCUAUCUUUACAAUCCAGGCGAUCUUGAAGACUGCUUGAGUAAGUUGAAACCACUUUUGCUGAACAAAGAGUUGAGAGAAACCAUGGGAAAAGCUGCGCGUGGUGAGAUGGAGAAAUAUGAUUGGAAGGCGGCCACGCGAAAGGUUCGCAACGAACAAUACAAUGCUGCCAUUUGGUUCUGGCGCAAGAAAAGAGCUACACUAUUGAGACCUUUACAAUGGAUGGCCAAACGUGUUUUCCCAUCACCACAAGUUAACUAUAGAUAAUGCAAAAGAAACCUUCCAAGCUUAGGAUUGUUUCUUGCUUGGUUUGGAUUCAUACAUGACUUGUAUUCUUUGGGAUGAAUAUGUAGUUAGUUGAUUGAGUGUAAUGCAUUCAUUUUUCUGAAUAUAAUGUAGCUUACAAUAUGGUGUGAUGUAAAGUGGAUAAAUAUUAAAGUUUUAAAAAACACUUCGCAUCCCUA